AUUUUCUCGACCUCACAAACUAUAUUUGUCCCUUGAGUUCCAUUGGUUCGGUUAGGUUCCACCGCCGUCUUCAUUACCAAUUCAGUGUCAAUCACUCAAGCUUCAUCAAUGCCUCUAUCUGCUCCAUCAGGUUUUUAAAUUUUUAUUUAUUUAUAUUUUUAUUUUCACAAUCUCGCCUAUGUUUGAGAAGCAAUGUUUCGCCAUGAAUCUGAAUUGGUCAGCAACUUGGCUGAGACGAUGAAAAAGGUUUUAUUUUAUUCUUUAUUUCUUGGUUUGGAACUUGUGUUGUUGCGGUCUAUUUUCUAAAAGGUGUAACCAAUCUAAGUUAAAAUAUGAAAUGUGAAUGAUUUGUUUAUGUUAAGUUAGUAGUGUCCUUGAUAUGUCCUUUUCUGAGGUUCAAGGUUCGAUUCCUCUCCAUGCCUACGUUUUUAUUUUUAUAAAAAUUUAUAUGUAUUUUCCAAAAAGCGGUUCGAAACCUUUCAAAAGCAUUUUUUGACUACUUUAUAACACUUGGAAUCGGGCAAAUUUUUUGCGAUUAAAACAGUAAAAAUUCUCUUCAAGAUCCUUUUAGGAAGAUUUUUGGGUGAUGUAUUCGAAAAUUGAGGGUUGUUUUGAGGGGGUAUACCAGGCUAGGAAUGUUCCUAGGCCAUUUAUUUUGAGGGUAUUUUUGGGUACCAGAUCAACGUCCAGGAGGAUUUUUCGGGCAGUCGGUCCUUCUAAGAAGAUGAACUCGGACUUUGUGAUAUUUUUCGAAGGGGUAUACUCGGCUAGGGUGUCCUGGGGCCAUAAAUAAUUCAAGUGACCGGUUCUCAACCGUUCCAUUCUUUCCAGUGGGAUAAAGUGUCAUUUUUACUUAAAAACCAAUUUCCUUUUCUUUUAGAUUUUUGCCGUCCAUUAUCCGACAUUUUACAAGCUGCUCCAUUGGUACC